UCAAUAUGGACCCCAAUAGCAUGUCCUUUUUCCCAGUUCUUGCCGUCGUCCUACACGAGGCCCGAGGACUGUGUCAACAGGGAUCACUGGCAGCUUCAGCCGUUCACAGGGGCAAGGAAUUUGUUGCCGACUCCUUCGAAUUUCAGGGUAUAUCGAGUGUGAACACCUUGAUCAACUGUGGUCGGUUGUGUUUAGCUCGAUCAGAGUGCAAAUCGUUCACUUACAAUGACGCUGACGGGACAUGUAAAGCCUUCACUAUCACAGCAAACAACUCGUAUCCCCUACAGACAUCCAGCGUUUCCACUAUGGUCUACGUUGAGGCAGACCAACUCCCUAAGAUUCUUGCUGGACCAUGUGGAAACAGACCCUGUCAGCCAUUCGAGGCUUGCGUUGAGGAAAGUUCAACAAGCUAUCGCUGUGCUGCUAUUGGUCGCUGUAGACAUACCUCUGCCCCUCAAGUCCCAAAUGCCGACGUUGUCUACCUCUCCGGCGUCAAAGCCGAGUACACAUGUAGCGUUACCGCUCCUACGCCAGUCUCCAGCAACGUACAAAGCUGGUGUAUCGGAAACAACAUCUGGACUGAACCCAACAUCAAAUGUAUUGAAAGUCAGUGCUUGACGCCUCCAGUACUUACCAACGCUGAUCUGGUGAACGUGGGGGCUCUUGAAGCAACUUACAUGUGCUCCAAGGGUUACAUCAAUGUAAGGGCGACAACCAACACCAUCUUUACCAGCUCGUGCAGCAGCGACAACACGUGGACCACACCUAACUACAAGUGUAGUGAUACCAAGGAUUGCUAUUAUUACAAUACUACCAGGGGCAGAGGCAUCUACAGCGGCCUUGUGGCAACCACUACAUCUGGAAAGGCGUGUCUCGACUGGUCAAACACCAACAAAGCUGACAGUGUCACACAGGCAAGUCUCAGUCCCGAGACACUCGCUGAUGUCCGCAACUACUGCCGUGAUGCUGGCGAGGGCUACUGGACGUACCCAUGGUGUUUCACUGAGGAAUGGACACCAGAGGCCUGCGGAAUACCACACUGCUAA